AUGGCAAGUGUAUUUGAAACAAUCCAUUCAAAUAAAGAACCCACAUAUAGAUUUCGUUUUGACAAUUCUGAUAAACAUGUUCAUCUUACUCAACAACAACUUGAUCGUAUUCCUUAUUUAUCUGCUCUUGUAACAAAUAAAAAUGAUUUUUUAUUAAUUCAAAACCACAAUAAUGAAUAUAUAUUAAAACCUCCAAUUAAUUAUACUUCAUUCAUGAUUAUUCUUCAUUCAGUCACAUUUGAACAACCAUAUAUACUAUUUAAUGAAUUACCUGAAGAUGAAAAUAUAUUGGAAACAUUUCAACUCUUACAUUAUCUUGAUAUGAAUUCAUUUCCUACUCCUCGUUUAAGAGAUAAAUAUUCAUUUCUAUCAAGUCAUUUUGCUAGUUAUUUCGAACCAAGUCAUGUUAAAUAUCAUCAAGUGAAAAAUAUUUCCGAAGCACGAGAUACGGCUGCAGAAUUCAUUAUAGCUCUUAACGAUAAAAAAUAUGAUUUGCAUGAUUUCAAUAAAGUGGAACGUGUCUUCUCUCUACUUAUGAUUAUUUUUUCGAAUGCGAAUAUCUUUAGUUCACGAUUUCGUCACCAUACUUUAACAGUAGUGAAUGAAUGUUGUCUAUCUUCAUUAUUCUAA